UUGGAUCCGUGUGUGUCGAGCUGUUCCUGGGUGUUAACGGCAGAAGAUCAGGGAGGGCUGGAGUGAUUUGUUCCCGCCUUAAACACGUUCACUGGUACCACUCUGAAUCAGAGCUAUUACUGCACGGGCGACACUGACACAAAGUAACCGCCGCGCUCAGUUCUGAUACAUUGUUUCAGUUCGGUGCGGAUUAGAACUCAUUGUUACACUGUAACAUCGCGCCGCGCUGAUUGUGAUACACUGUAUCUGCCGCCUCUGAUGAUGGAGCGCUGGAAGGGGAGAGUCGCGCUGGUCACCGGAGCGUCUGUCGGGAUUGGAGCGGCUGUGGCUCGGGCUCUCGUCCAGCACGGAAUGAAGGUGGUCGGAUGUGCUCGGAGCGUGGACAAGAUCGAGAAGUUGGCAGCCGAGUGUCAAAGCGCAGGAUACAGCGGCACUUUGAUCCCGUAUAAGUGUGAUCUGUGCAACGAAGAAGAGAUUCUGUCCAUGUUUUCGGCCAUUAAGACGUUGCAUCAGGGAGUGGACGUGUGCAUCAACAACGCCGGUCUGGCUCACAAUGAACCGCUGCUCAGUGGAAAGACAGAGGGCUGGAGGAAUAUGAUUGAUGUAAACAUACUCGCUCUGGCCAUCUGUACGCGUGAGGCCUACCAGUCCAUGAAGGAGAGACACGUGGAUGACGGUCACAUCAUCAACAUCAACAGCAUGGGGGGUCACAGGAUGGUGCCUAGUGCUGACGAACACUUUUACUGCGCCACUAAAUACGCUGUGACCGCUAUGACAGAGGGACUGAGACAAGAGCUACGGGAGGCCAAAACACACAUCCGAGCCACGUGUAUAUCGCCUGGAAUAGUGGAAACUGAAUUUGCCUUCCGGCAUCACAACAGCGAUCCAGAGAGAGCUGCAGCCGUUUAUGAAAGUAUAAAGUGUUUGAAAGCAGAAGACAUCGCCAGUGCCGUCACAUAUGUCCUGAGCGCGCCUGCUCAUGUACAGAUUGGCGAUGUGCAGAUGCGGCCAGUGGAGCAAGUGUCGUAGGAACGGAUAGGGAACGGGACGUCAUGCGGUGGGCCGACACAAGUGGUGACUGGCAACACCUGCUGGGCAACAACAUGUAUAACACCUAGUUUUAAAGAACUGAUUGAAGGGAAUUGGUUUGGGUUUGCAGAUCGGAUCAAAUCUGAGAAGGCGGCGCUGUGUGGCUCAAUCUGACGCGACGCUCGGACGCUCGAAAGCGAGCCGGAGAGCGCGAUUACCUCUGAUUAAAUUCACAGAUGCACACAGUUUGCUGCCGUCUCAAAUAUAAGGGGAAACUUUCAGCUUUUCUAAAAACACACAACGCGAGAAACUGGAACAAAACGUGUGUUUCUGUCUGACGCGGUCAUCUGAGUCCGAUUAUACCGAGACGAGAACGCCAUGAAUUGCACAUCAUCUUGUGUUUUUUUUUUUUUAAGGUCAUAUUACAUAUCUGAGAGUGUGACGAUAAGAAACAGUGGCGCGGUGCCGGCAGAGAUGAUGUUAAUUACUGUAUUAAUUUUUUAUGAGUAGCCUGUUCUAACUUGAAUUGUAUGUAGAUGUGGUUUUCCGAUCCAGCUACUCUUUGAACGAAUUCAAUCGCAUGAUUUUCAUGAGAGAAACCCGUUUGACUGCGGUCACACUCCGAAUCAGAAAACUGAUGACAAAUGUUGGUUUUUACAUUGAACUUUCACUGAAUGGAAGGUACGACACUGGCUGCUUUCGUAAGAAAACGAGUAUGAAAACACUGUAGUGAGGACUUGAAAAGAAAUAAUACUUGAUAUAAUCGAUUCUUACUGAUUAAACGUGAUUAUGGUUAUUGGUUAUGGAUAAAUUUCCUUUCCUUUUUGCUGUAUGUCACCUUUACGUCUCAAAACAAUCCAAAACUUGAUUUGUUUUUUGUUUUUUUUUCUGUUGAAAUCUUCAUCUUGUUAAUAUUUGGGAAACUACCCUUUGUUUCACCAAUGGAAGCUUACAUUAAAUUAUAAGAAAUAAAUCUGACUUAAUACUUGAAUAUCAUGAAACCUGUCCACAUUUACCAAAAAUAAGACAUUAUUUUGUGACAUUAUUUUCAUAACAAUUAAGCAUAUUAUAAAACAAAAAAAAUUCCUAUUAAUUUUCAGUAUUUAUAAACUACUGUAUUAUUUUUUGUUUUGCCUUUUUAAGCCAAUUUAUUAUGGCAAGGUCUGCUUUUUAUUUAAUACAGUAAAACAAUUACUUAAUGUGUUUAAUUCAAUUCAAUUACAACUUGUUGUUGGUAUUCUUCCAAAAAUUGUAAUAAUGUCACAAUUGAAAUUCUUUAUGCUUUGUGACAUUAUUUGUAUUAUAAUUAAGAAUAUUUCCCCCCGAUUCUAAUUACUGUAAUAAUAAAAAACAAAUCCCAUUGUUGUGUUGGCGUUAAGCAUAUUUUAUUAAAAAAAAUCAUUUAAUUUUUCUUUGAUUUCUAAUAAAUCAACAAAAAUACAUUAUUAUAAACAGAAUAUUUCAAAUCUGCCUAUAUGCAGAUUUAAAUAAAAAUAAUUUUAUUACAUUUUUUUUAAAUGUAAUACAUUAAAACAAUUGCUUAAAAUGCCUAAUUGUGAUUAAAAUAAUGCUACAAUGAAAAAUUCUUUAUGCUUUGUGGCAUUAUUUUAAUUAUAGUUAAGAAUAUUACUCCCCAAUUUUCAUUACUGUAGUAUAAAAACAUCCUAUUAAAUUUAUUGCAUUUCCGGUGUUGGUUUUAGGCAUGUUUUGUUUCUUUAAAAAAUAAUUUAAUUAUUCUUUGAUUUCUAAUAAAUGUCAACAAAAAUGUAUUAUUAUAAACAGAAUAUUUCAGAUCAUGCCUUUACGCAGAUUUAAAUUAAAAUAAUUAGAUUUUUUUUUUUAAAUAUAAUACAGUAAAACAAUUGCUUAAUGUGCUUAACUGAGAUUAAAAUAAUGUCACAAUGAAAAUUCUUUGUGACAUUAUUUUCAUUAUGAUAUUUUCCCCCAAUUCUCAUUACUGUAAUAAAAAAAUGAGGAUUUUUAAAUGUAUUGCAUUUUUUAGGCAUAUUUUGUUUUUGUUUUUUUGUAAAUCAUUAAAUAAAUGUCAACUAAAUAUGUUAUUAUAAAUACAAUAUUUCAGAGAUAUUAAAUGAAAAUAAUUUGUUUUUUUUUUAAUGUAAUAUGUAAUCCAGUAAAACAAUAAUGUGCUUAAUUGCGAUUAAAAAUAAUGUCACAAUGAAAAAUCUUUAUGCUCCUAAAAAGAGGGCUGAUGUUCUUUUUUUUUUUUUUUCUUUUUUUUGGUUUUAUGGUGAAGUGUACAUGUUUUCGUGAGAUUCGUCCACUUGAAUUGGGAUCUUGGUCGUAAAUUUACAGCAGGUUGUGAACAGAGAACAAAGUCUUAAUCUAAAGGUAUUCAGAAAUGUAUCUGUUAUAAUGUAUAAAACCACAUGAACGAUUACCAAUGUUAACAGUAUUUGGUUUGUAUAUUUUUAGCAUGAAUCAAUUCUGAAUUCGCAUGAUUGUCAACUUUUAACGCUUAAGAAAUUGAAGAUGUACAAAAUGAGGAACUCCUGCUGUAAAGGAGAGCAAAAGGGCCAGUUGUUGAACGCAUUGAGGGUGAAGUUCACUGCAUGGACCCUGAGCGAGGGUUUUAUCUCAUGUUGGACUGUUGUUCAGUCAUCUCGCCCAUAAAGGUUAAAACAAACACCUGCUAAUGAGAAUAAAAACAUUA